AUGAAGCGAGGGGUGGAGAGAAAAGUAAAUUCUUCCGACAGGAAUGUCUAUAAAUUCCGACGAAUAAAAAGAAAAAGUUUACUCCAUGAAACUGUUGCUUUUUUUCUUCUUCUUCUUUUUACAACAUACAUUUGUAUUUUACAUCAUACCAUGACAAUUACACUCAAUUGGGGAAUUUUGGGAGCUGGUAACAUUGCUUCACAAUUUGUUCAUGAUUUAGUUUUGAACAAUCAAAGAAAUACCGAAUAUCAUCAUGUCAUCAAAUCAAUUGGAUGUUCCAGCCAUGAAAGAGGUUUAGAAUUUAUUAAGAAGAACAAUAUUACUUUGGAAACUAAUUACAAUGUUGAACCAAUUGUUCAAUCAUACGAUGAACUCUACAAGAAUAAAGAUGUUGAUGUUGUUUACAUUGCUACCCCACAUUGUUUCCACAGAGACCAAUCAAUUUCUUGUUUGACUAAUGAUAAACAUGUCUUGUGUGAAAAGCCAGUAACUGUUACUAAAAAAGAAGCAGAAGAUAUUAUUGAAGUUGCAAACAAAGAAAAGAAAUAUUUCAUGGAAGGUAUGUGGACAAGAUUUUUCCCUGCUAUAACUAAUUUGAAGAAAAAGAUUUAUGAAGAAAAAGUACUUGGUGAGAUUUUUAGAAUGUUUGCUGAUUUGAGUUAUAAUGCAAAUAUCAAACAGGUCCCAAAAACUUCUAGACUUAGAGAUAUUAAUCUUGCUGCUGGUGCGUUGUUGGAUAUUGGUAUUUAUCCAAUUACUUAUUCAAGAAUAUUAUUGGAUGACAAACUAGGUGAUAACCACUCUAAGUUUGUCUAUAAAUCAAUUUUAACCGUAAAUAGCGAUGAUAAAGUCGAUCACUUGUAUUCAGCUGUUGUUAAAUAUGAAAAUGGUAAACAUGGUAUUUUAACUGCAUCAGAAUUAGUUGAUGGGCCAAAAGCUUAUGUUAGAAUUGAAGGAGAAAAAGGACAUGUUGAAAUGUACAGUGAUAAUCCAGCUAGAGCCAAACAUUUCAAAAUUUUUGACUCUGAUGGUAAGGAGAUUUACGAAUAUAAGGAUGAUUCUGGAUAUAAUGGAUUUAUCUACGAAGCCAAUGCUGCUGCUGAUGAUAUUUCACAAGGUAAAUUGCUGAAUUCAACCAUGCCUCAUGAUGAAACAUUAUUAGUUAUGGGUUUAAUGGAUGAAAUUAGAAAAGAAAACGGUUUGGUGUACCCACAAGAUUAA